UCUUACUUUCAUCCCAUACCUGCUUUAUUCCCCUCUUUCCUUCCUUUCCUAUUGUCCCAUUCUUUGUCAUUGCCUGUAAAACACACACACACACACACACAAAAAAAACCCCAUUGUGUAUGGCCUGCACGUGUAUUAUACUCUCUGGCUUUUUCACGGUGAUCUUCAUCACUCCAUGCCUUCCAUAAGAAGGAGCUGUGUAGUUUUUGCUUUAGAAGACAGUCUAUUGGUAUCAUAAUAGCCGUCAUCACGCAAAAGGACAAUUGAUCCAGGGAAGAAGAUGCUGUCGUGAUACAUUUGUUCAUCCUUUAGACAAACUAUAAAUAGCGAUUCGCCAAGCAUCGAGGGUCUUUUUUUGGAAACUGGAGUGGAGUCACAGAGUGAGGUCCUGCAGAGAACCGCUUAGAGGAGAACUUCAGUCAUUUCCGACUACGUCUCGGCGUCGGGCCGCCGUCACUUUCAAAGGGAGAAUAUGAAGUAGGCGUGAUUUUCAUAGGUGAAAGGGCGCCGGGAGAGAUGUGGAGCGCUUCUAAAAUCUUGCAUAUGACUGCGCAACUGUCUUUCUCCAUUAGUGCGGGAUGAUCGGUGUAUGAUUUGCAAGGAGGUUCGCACUAAAAUAACCCAAUAGUGUCUUUGUGUGUGUUGAUUUGUCAAAGGAUGAUUUUCAUAAGCCACAUUUGAAAUAGUUCUUUGCAAAUAUGUGCUGUGACGAAACACCCGUAAGGGGAGAUGCAUUUCCAUCCCAUUGCGGCCACUCGUGUGACUCUCCAAUCCAAAUUGGAUGGCUUCAGAUGCAGAUGUGACAAGAAUAAUAUGUGCACCUCACGUGCACACGUGUCCUUCAAUGCAAAAUCAGUUUCAACCCAGCCAAUCGAUGGGAUCCUCAAUCCACAAUCAAAGCUAAGAUGCGGCGGUAGUUAUCCCUAAUAGUGGCACUUUUGUCAUUGGCAUUCUAAAGACUGCAUAGCGUGUGCUUCUGCAUAAUCGCUUCUGAGUGUAUCACUGAUAUCUGUUUUGCAGCUCAAUAUUGCUGCGAAAGAAGCAGCAGAAAAAACAAGUGCCGAGUUUUCUCAUGCUGUCUCAAACACUUCUCCUCCAGAACGAGUCAUGUACUGCAGUACGUUGCCAUCUUCAAUUCUCAGAACACUGCAGGUGUUUGUCGUAACCAUAUGAUCAGUGACUGCGUCGUACCUGACGUGCCAAAAUGAUGCAAUUAUCCGCCGCGUAAGGAAGGACGGGGCGCACGACGAAAGAUUUCAUAGGCGCUAUCAACCCGAGCGGUUCAUUAUUGCUGCCGCCGCCAAUAAAUAGCAAAGCGGGAGCUGUCGUCCAUCCGCUAUGAAUCAGUAAAGCCGGGCGUGCGGUUCUGGUGGGGAAGACGGACAGUCUGGCAUUAUCCCCAACGGCCUUCCCCUUUGAAGGCCGGCGCCAUGGAAACAUACACCGAUUUGUCUGUCACGGUGUCCUGGGUGGAAAGCUCAUAAUUACCAGUGCAUUGUGAUUAGACUCAAGUCAGUAAUAAGGCGUGGGGCCUCAUUCUCACAUCGCUCUCCGCUAAUGAAAUGGACUCAUCUUUCUGCAAGGGCAAUUAUAAUAGAAUUUAUCCCCCCGCCCCUCCUUUUUUUUGUUUCUGUUUGUGCGUGGAGGAGUCGACACAGGCAGUCGGAGUUGGGGUGGGGAGGUGGACUAAAGAGGAGAAAAGCAGACAAAAACUGUCAUGAGUUGUACAAAUGCAAAUGGAGUUUAUGAAAGCUCCCGUCUGCUAUUUGACACAAACAAUGGCGACGCAGCAGCUCCCUCCCGAAUCGACACGAAAUUAAUUCACAAAAAACUCAGUGCCAUAAUACAAACGAUAUUUUUUAGCCAAUUCUACAUCCAGCACACUGUUGCGACAGCCGACUUUUGAAAUGUUGCUUCUCAAGGCAAUUCUCCCGAAAACCCAUUAGGUUGAACUCGGCAGCCUCUCUGCCAAAGGCCUUCUGGAGUCUUCCACCACAUUGCGGAACCGACAGUGUAAAUAAUGAGGCUGCGGCUGGCACUGCGGGGGGAAAAUGGGAAAAGGCAUCUUCAAGGGCACGCGCUUAAUUGCGAUGAUGCUAUCUUUAAUGGGGCAAGACACCAUUUAAGCGUAUGGCGCGUUUUCCUACCCGGGUCACCGCUGCCGAGGUUGCGUCGCUUUGACUUGUUGGAACGAUGGCGUCGGUCGGUGUCUCAGGGUCGAGGCUGUCAAACCAUACUUUGAAAUCAUUAGUCACCACUAGGAUGUCAGUAGAAUGUCUUUAUUGCAUUUAUCUUUCUGGAAUGCCUUCUAAUGCUCAUUUUUACUGUUUGAUGUGCACAUGACGUUAAAUAUCUUUAGUUCAGCACAUAUUUUAUGAUAAUAUAUGACUGCAAUGUUGGACCGACAAUUGCCUUUAUCACUACAAGCCAUAAAACUGUACUAGUAGCGAUUGUCGGCUCAUACCUACCAAUUUGAACAUAAAUCUACCCACUCAGUUGUUCUCAGUUUGGUUCCGGGCUGAUUUUCUCAUAAUUCAAACCGUUCCACUUGUCCGCAAAUAGACAGUCAAUAUUUUUUGCUUUUCUCAAGAAAAAGAUUGAAGCAGUUUCGUUUUCAAUUCCAAAAUCGGCUCCACGAAAUGGGAUUCUUUUAUUCUCAGUGGUGUAUUCUCUUCGUUCUGUGGUGUUUCCGUUGGCUGCACUGGUUCAAGAACGUGCAUGUGGAUAUUGUGUGGGGUUUUUUUUGUUUUGUUUUUUUUGUUGCCCAAUUAGGUUUCAGCCUCUAUGUGCUGCCAUGUUAAUCUAAUCUGGCCAGAGCCUUGAGAAUCAGUAAUGCUGAUCGAUGUAACUUAAAUUAUAUUAGCAGCGAGACUGUUUCUUGAACCAAUCAGAUUUCAAACUCGUCUUAAACGGCCAGCAUUUUUCCGUGCUCCUAUUGGUUGGUCAGAGCACAAAGUUUCCGACAACUUUGACUGGGAAAAUAUGUCUAAGAUCUUCACACAGAAAUACAUUGAAUAAUCCGCAUUUCCAGCAAGUACGAUUUACAUUAUGGUCGUGUUGUUUAAUACCUAUUGUUGUUGAACUAAUGGCGAUGUCUGUGGCAAAAUUGCUUGCUCAUUUACUGAGUUUGCAUAACAUUUGAUGGUUUCUACAGUGGAACCACAAAAAUGCUCCCUCUAGUGGGACUUGAAAGAAUCACUGCCCAAAUCCAAUUAAGUUAACGUAUCAUGUUUAGCUUUAAUAGAUUUGCAUUGACUCUUGAUCUGUUUGUUUAAUAACACUGAUUUGGGAUUUGGUUAUUUAGAUUUAACUGUUAUAUGCAAUACAUUUAACAUGAUAAUAACAUGACACUGGCUCACACGGAUAAUAAAUGUACUUUUUAGGAAUAAAAGCCCUCUCGCUUUUUAUGAACUCCCAGGCCUACUAUGCUACUGUCUUGUAAUGUUGGUCAUUGUACUAGUAGUUUGGUAUUAUUUAUUAUUUGGUGCAAAAAGUUUGACAACCAUUGUUAUAAUGAGUUCCACGAUGUCCGGUUGCAAAAACUGCUCUGAUGCAUUUGCGUCAGGGUUGUCCAGCUCACAGCUUUCUCAUCCUCAAUUCCGGUCGCGUGCGUGCGAUGUUGCGUUGCGCCGGCUUCCGUCUUGCCCUGCUUGCCCGCCUGCCCGGGUGUCCCCUCCCACCGGCGUCACGCUACUCGACCUGCAGGUGAACAGUUCAUAUGCAGCUUCCUUCUUCCCAUCGCUGCUCACAGCGCACACACGCCAGCCAGCCAGGCAGUAGGUUGUCUGCUUUUUUUUUUUUUCCACCUCUGGUGCGCCGUGCUUGGAAACCCAGGCGAAUUGCGCUUUGAGAUCCACGCAGGGAGGAUCGCGCGCGGGUCCGCGCAAGGGCGAGCGCGGAUGCAGAAAUUGAACGUGGACAAGAGGAUGACUGUUUGAACAGGCGGCAGCUGCGUAGGCGUCAAGCGUCACUGUCAACACCGCAUGCCCUUAAAGCUGACAUGUGUAAGCCACGUGAGCCGGCGAGCUGAGACUGGGCCCCGAGGGAAAAGCAGCAUGUGUCCCAUUGCGUCCCGUCUGUCGAGCAAGAGCAGCAUCAAACCGGCCGCCGCGGCCUUGCUCCUCUCCUUUUGUCUCGGCUUCCCUCCCCGGGCGCUCACGUGCCCGCCUGGGUGCAUUUGCACCAGCGAUAUCAUUUCUUGCAGCGGCUGCAAUCUGUCGGCGCCGCCCUCUGACCUACCCGGCUACGCCGCACGCUUAGACCUGAGCCACAAUUCCCUGACUGCGCUGCCCGCCGACUGGAUAACGCGGCCGUUCGGACGACUCGCCGCGCUGCUUCUCGGCCGCAAUCGCAUCGGUCAAAUCGAGGCGCAGGCCUUCGCGGCGACACCUCAUCUCCUGCACUUGGACCUGUCCUCUAACAAUCUAUCAGUGCUCAAUUCGUCUACCUUUAGCGGCCUCACGGAGCUGGAAGAGCUUCUUUUGUUCGAUAACCAGAUCGUCCAGAUCAAUCCCGACUCCUUUAGCGGUCUCCGCAGCCUGGUGAAGCUCUACCUGUCCGGCAACAGGCUGACAUCAGUCCCCGUAAGUCUUCUGGACGGAGAAGGGCCGCUUAACUUGACUUUUCUUGACGUGUCAUCAAACAGGCUCUCCGGCGUACAUGUUUACACGCUGCUCUCUCUGAGCCAACACGGUGGAAUUUAUUUGCAGGGUAACCCCGUCACAUGUGAUUGCGCUUUUCUGGGUCUUCUGGAGUACUGGACGUGGAAGCAGUACGGGCCCCUGUUGGACUUUCAAGAUGACUACCCGUGUAAGGACGACGUAGCCCUGAAGCUGAACUGCAGCCUAAAUGAGGAGGUGUCCGUCGAGGGUGGAAGCUACCAAGUCGAUCCGGGUAAACCGUUGCGGUUGGCAUGUCCUGGCUUUGUCCCGCCUCCCACAAAGGAUCCGGCGGUAUUUUGGGUCACCCCCACUGCAGUGCUCGAUUCAGCGCCACGCGAUCCGAGCGCUCACCUGGCAGUCCUCCCCAACGGCAGCCUGGAGAUACGAGGAGCGCUUACGGAGGAUUCCGGUGCGUACGUGUGCGUGGCGGCCCGAGGGCGCCGUUAUGACCUCGACGCGUCUCCCGAGGUCAAAGUGGUCGUGGGCAACGCGAGCUCCGUCGCUGCCAGCGGCUUGCCCCACCGCGGGGCCGGCGAGCACUUCAACACGGCUUUCACCACCCUGGCUUCCUGCGUGGUCAGCAUCAUUCUGGUGCUCCUCUACCUGUACCUGACACCGUGCCGGUGCAGGGAAAACAGGGGCGGCGCCACGGGAGGGUGCGGCGGACGAGCAAUCGUCCUCUGCUCGGACCCCAGGGAAGUUGAGUCGGGGCGGCGGCGCUCCAACGGGAAAAGGGUGGCCUUCUUAGAGCCCCAAAUGGAGGACUGUGAUCCGGCUGGCGCCAAAUCACCAGUUGUCAACGCGAGUCACGGUAGCACUGAGGGAAUUCUUAAAAACGGGAGCCGGACAAUGGGGCAGACCCUCACGGACACAGCCCUCAUGGUAUAACAAAAAAAAAUUGAGUUUUACAUGGAAGCUGGUAAUAUGCAGCAUAUUACUCGUAAAGAGUUUGGCGUUUUGGGCUUCCGGGUGAAAUUGCAGGAUGCUCCAAAAAUCCCCAACUUUUUUUUUUUUGUGAGUAAUGUAACCGAAUUUUCUGAUUCCCCCCCCCGUACAUGUUUAUACAAGGCUCCAUACGGAAACGUUACAGCUGAAGCGGGAAGCUGACAGCGGAGAUGAUUGAAAUGCAGCCGGCACAACAAUCGCACUCGAGUCGAUACGGCGCCACGGCGGUUGAAGCUCAUUGUCGGGUGUGAGCGACUGUCGCUAAUUGAAAGUGUCGUGCUGUGCAAACACCACCAUAGAAACCGAGCCGACCGUCUUUUAUUAUAGAUCAAACUGUGUCUGCUGUGUCCUCAAGUUAUUGCACGCGGAGAAAGGAGGAAUCGUAUGUUCGACCGAUGUAGCACUUGCCAGCGAGAGAGAAAUGAAGCGAUGGAUAUUGAUGGGAGUUAUACCGUGCGCAUUUGUACAUGUACAAUAAAUAGUUUGUUUUGUGAGAUGUCUCGGCACCAUCCAAAUGUAGAAAGUGGCCGGCUGAUUGAUAUCCGUGUGCACAUUUUCACGUGCUUAAACCGCUCAUCGGAAUCCCUUUAAUCUUGUGCGAUGUCCAUAUAAAAAAAGAAAAAUUAAAUGGAGUCAGAAAAAACGAGCUUGCUAACAUCACCAUUUCAACCAUGCAUUUUUAUUAUUAGUAAAAAAAUGUUCACUUCAAAUCUAAACUGUGUAGCAUUAAAAUAUAAACUCACAAAUCAUAUCAACUACAUACAUUAUGGGAUCUCACCAGACUGGAAGCCGUAUCAAGAUUCAGUGGCUAUGAAAAGUCUACACACCCCUGUUCAAAUGUGAUGGAAGAGCAUGAAACCAAGAAAAAUGACUUAAAAACUAAUUUCCACCAUUAGCCUAGCGUAUAAACUGUGCAACCCAAUUUGAAUAUGCAGUAUUAUUAUACAGUAAUAAUGGACUCUUUGAGAGGGGAAAUAUAAAUAAACACAAACAAUGUGGUUGUAUUGUGUUGUGGUGAAGAGGGAGCUUAGUGGAAAGGCGAAGCUCUCAAUUUGCCAGUCGAUCUACGUUCCUACCCUCACCUUAUGGGCACGAGCUGUGGGUCGUGACCGAAAGAACGAAAUCCCGGAUACAAGCGGCCGAAAUGAGUUUCCUCCGCAGGGUGUCUGGGCUCUCCCUUAGAGGUAAGGUGAGAAGCUCAGUCAGUGUCGAGCCAUUGCUCCUCCGCAUUGAGAGGAGCCAGAUGAGGUGGCUGGGGCAUUUGAUCAGGAUGCCUCCCGAACGCCUCCCUGGUGAGGUGUUCCGGGCACGUCCCGCCGGGAAGAGACCCCGAGGACGACCCGGGACACGCUGGAGAGACUGUUUCUCAGCUGGCUUGGGAACGCCUCGGGAUCCCUCCGGAAGAGCUGGAAGAAGUGGCUGGGGAAAGGGAAGUCUGGGUAUCCCUGCUGAAGCAACUUCCCCGUGACCUGACCUGGAAAAGCGGUAGAUAAUGGAUGGAAUGAUGGAAUGCGCUUGUAUUAGUGCGCACACCCUCUUGUAACCAAGACGUGGCUGUAUUUUCGAGUCAUGUUCAUCUCUCAAAGUGCCUCUGAUUAACUCCAAAUAAAGUUCAGAUGUUUGUCGGUUUUCGCUAACAUGUUAUGCUUCUGAGCAGACGCUUGAAGGUUCAGCAUGAACAAUGACUGGGAUUUGUCAUGUUUCAAAGUUCCCUCCAACUUGAUAAGGCCUCAGCUUGGGCUAUAUUGUGACAUUUUUUAUUAAUAAUUCCACAAAAAGGGGUGGAACCUGGGUGUGUACACUUUUGAUAUCUACGCUACAUCUCAAAAUAUCACCCGAAGCAAAUGGUGAGCUGCUGUAAAAGGGAAUUGAGAAAUCAAAUGCAACAUUAUCCUUUUUUCAUCUUCUCGAUGAAGUAGAAGAGGUGAAUGCGUGAUUUGUACGGUAUUUCCAGUCGCUCUUUUGUGAGAAUUAAAAGUUCUGUAGUCGGAUUUAUCGACCGAGAGGUUCCCGAGCAAAGUAACUCUUGGACGCAUCAACCAUUUGCGCCCGAGAAAAGAAAUGCCGGCGAGUGAAGUGUCAUUCAGGCCGUAUUGGUGUCGCCCGAUGAGGAAAGGUGUGACCUACAUUCUCCCUUUGUCUGAUAUUUUUAGAUGUGUGGUGUCGUUUCCAAGGUGCCCAAGAAGCUCGUUUGGCUUCUUACAUGUGUACUGUCCGCGCAAUAUUACAUAUUUAAGUUGUGAUGUCUCAUUGAAUAUGCACAAACGCGUCGUCGAGUGUACGGUCAUGCCUGCGUAUUGCACAUUUUGUAA